CCCUUCCUUUCCUUCGCUUUCUCAUUGCCAUCACCCUCAACAUGUUGCCUGAUCUCACACUGUCCAUCUCCGAACAACAACAACUCAUAGAAAGGCUGGAGGUCUUCAAGAUUCAAGGCAAAGAUAAACAUGGCAAUAAAAUCCUUCGUAUCAUCGGGAAAUGCUUCCCUGCUCGAGAUCUGAGUGCUGAAGGGCUGAAGACGUAUUUGGAGGAGAGGGUUUAUCCCAAAUUGGCGAAGAAGCGCUUUGCUGUGUUGUACCUCCACACCGGAGUUCAAAGAAGCGAGAAUUUUGUGGGAAUUUCAGCUUUGCGAUCUAUUUACGAUGCUAUUCCAAGCAAUGUUAGAGACAAUCUUCAAGCUGUUUACUUUCUUCAUCCCGGUUUGCAGGCCCGCCUCUUUCUCGCUACCUUUGGCCGUCUUUUCUUCCAUGGAGGGUUGUAUGGGAAGCUGAGGUACGUGAACAGGAUUGAUUAUUUGUGGGAGCAUGUCAGGAGAAAGGAGGUGGAGAUUCCGGAGUUCGUGAUUGAUCAUGAUGAGGAUUUGGAAUGCCGUCCGAUGAUGGAUUAUGGGCUGGAGAGUGAUCAUCCGAGAGUCUCCUGUGCACCCGCACUCGAUUCCACCGCCGUGUCUAUGUACUCCAUGAGAUGUAUCUCCUAGAAGAUGCUGUGGGCCGGCGUUUUAUUUUUUGUUAAUAUUUUUUUCUCCAUGGGCCCAGCCCAAGGUUUUGUUUGUAGGGAUGGGUUUUGUGAAUAUAUUUAGGCUAACAGCAUGAAAUCUCAACGUAGUAUUAAUCUUGGCAUCAA